GUAUAUUCUUGCAGAUAUUCAAAAUACGAUCAGUUUUUCAUAUUGUGGCUUCAUUGGAAUGUGAAUUAAUUCGGUUGUCAAGUAAAUGGAAAGUGAAUCUCGUUGUUCUUUAUAUAUAUAAUGGGAUGCUCCUAUUCAAAGAAAGCUAAGUCACCCGGUUACGUGGAGGUGGAACCUGCUACUCUUGCUGCUGGGACACCAUUUACUGUGGGUGAAGUAGAGGCCUUACAUGAGCUCUAUAAGAAGUUGAGCAAUUCAGUUAUUGAAGAUGGUCUUAUUCACAAGGAAGAAUUUCAGCUGGCACUCUUCAGGAACAAAAGCAUGAAUAAUCUGUUCGCAGACAGGAUUUUUGAUUUAUUUGAUGUCAAGCGCAAUGGGGUCAUUGAGUUCGGCGAAUUUGUUCGAUCAUUGGGUAUUUUUCACCCAAAUUCACCGGUAGAAGACAAGAUUAAUUUUACUUUUAGGUUGUAUGAUCUGAGGCAAACUGGGUAUAUUGAACGAGAGGAGUUAAAGGAGAUGGUACUAGCACUUCUGCACGAGUCAGAUCUUGUACUUUCAGAUGAAGUUAUUGAAAUCAUUGUGGAUAAGACUUUUAGUGAUGCUGAUACAAAAGGUGAUGGUAGGAUCGAUCAAGAAGAAUGGAAAGCAUUUGUGGUUGAACAUCCAUCCUUGAUAAAGAACAUGACUCUACCAUAUUUAAAGGAUACAACCUUGGCAUUUCCCAGUUUUUUGUAAGAACAGAAACCCAAGACUCAAGAGGUGUGAGGUUUUGGUUUCACUGAGGAUGCUGUCUUUGAUUUCAUCUCCUGAGAUGGAUACUAAGCAUCACCUUAAUUUCUCAUGGUCCAAAGAAAAUCUGCUACACUGGGUUCUACGGUCGCUCAGCCUGUCAUCCAUCAACUGAGAGUUUUCCUCUACUAGCUGAAUGAAUCUAUGUUGUUAUCUACUAUCUAGGACUAUGAAUGGUGGCUGUGAUUUUUUAUUCUAAUGCAAAGCUUGUACAGUUAUACUGUAUGUACGAGAGGUGUAAUUAGACCACGUGGAUUAUGUGGUAUCAGAAUUUUAUAGUAUUG